AAACUUAAGAAACGGGUGAGAUGAAAGAGAAAUGGCGUGCGUGUGUUUUGAGACAAGGAAGGUAGAGAAGUUAUGUCCGCAUAAACGUGCCACCCAUUCAAGCUUUAACCCAUCUGCCACUUAUCAUGGAUCAUCACAACUCUUCUUCCUCCUCAAUGCCAAUUCCCCACUUUUUCACUUUCCCAACCUUCAUCACAACCACAAAGAAAAAGACCUCCCAAGCACUCCUUCUUUCUCUAUUCUUCUUCACUUCCAUCAUAGUCUACCAUCUCCUUACACCUCAAUCCCAUCUUCUCGAUCAAAUCGGCUUCUUGUCCAAGAUCAUACCCACACCGCCAAGAACCCAAGACCUGUUCCCAAAAUCUUCAACUUGUGACUAUUCUUAUGGAGAAUGGGUGUGGGAUGAAAGCUAUUCCCGGGAAAAGUACACCGAGAACUGCUCGUUCUUGGAUCCCGGGUUCCGCUGCCAUGCCAACGGCCGCCUCGAUUUAGGCUAUCAGAAUUGGAGGUGGAAACCAUAUGGUUGUGAUCUUCCAAGGUUUAAUGCAAGUGAACUUUUAGAACGGAUCCGGAACAGCAGAAUAGUUUUUGCCGGUGAUUCCAUAGCUAGAAACCAAUGGGAAUCUUUCUUGUGCAUGUUAGCACAAGGUGUUAAUAAUAAAUCCAGCAUUUACGAGGAGUCCGGGAACCCCAUAAGCAAACACCGAGGCUAUCUCUCGAUGCGAUUUCAAGAAUUCAACCUCACUGUCGAGUACUAUCGGGACCCAUUCCUUGUAACCCUUGACCGGCCACCGGUCAAUGCACCAAAGGAAGUGAAGGGUGUGGUUCGACUUGACAAGCUUCACUGGUUUGCAGCAAAGUGGGUUGGUGCAGAUGUCAUCAUAUUUAGUGCAGGUCAUUGGUGGAACGAUGAUAAAACCACUAAGAUGUAAGCAACUACUCUCAAGUCUCAACUAAGAUCAUGCAAUUCAAGUAAUUAGGGAUGGACAACAGAAACAGAGUGUAGUUAGUCCUAGUCCAGUACUCCAGUACCAGACUGAUAUUCUGCCUGUUUUGAAACAUGGACUAGAGCAGCAAGCAAGACUGGUCCUGUGACUCCAGUCGUAGCUUGGAGUCAGAACAGGGGAAUAUAUUUCCAGGAAGGGGAGGCUGUGAACAUGACCAUGCAUGUCAAAGAGGCUUUCCACAGAUCCUUGAAAACGUUGGCUUCCUGGGUAACACAGAAUCUGAAACCCAGGACUCAUGUCAUCUUUCGCAGCUAUUCCCCAGUGCAUUACAGGAAUGGAACGUGGAAAUUAGGAGGUUACUGUC